GUUGAAAAUGUUCUGGAGCCUUCUGUCGUUAAUACCGGUGUGAAUUAGACUCUACUCAGCAGGGUUUUAAUUAUAAUCGAACUCGCUGAAAUCUUAUUUGGAAAUCUAUUUUUUCUAAUUAAUAAAAAGCAAUAGACGAAUCGAGACAUUAUGGACAAGAUUACUGAAUUGAAGGACAAAGGAAACAAAGCUCUGCAAGAGGGCAAAUAUGACGAGGCUGUUAAAUAUUACACCGAGGGAAUAGCAAUUGACGGUUCAAAUCACGUUCUUUACAGUAACAGAUCAGCAGCUUAUGCCAAGGCCGAAAAAUACAGUCAAUCACUCGAAGACGCCGAGAAGACCGUAACACUUCAACCAACAUGGGCAAAAGGUUAUUCACGAAAAGGCAGUGCCUUAGCUUAUUUGGGAAAAAUUGACGAAUCAAUAAAAGCCUAUGAAACUGCUCUUCAACUUGAUCCAUCGAAUGCACAAAUAAAAGAGAGUCUCGCCGAUUUAAAAGCACAACAGGGACCAUCAAUUGGCAAUCCAUUCAGCGCUCCCGAUUUAUUCAUCAAAUUACGCAGCGAUCCAAGAACAAAAGCCUAUCUCGACGAUCCCGAAUAUUUAAAAAUGAUUCAAGACCUCCGUACAAAUCCAAAUCUUUUAAAAACAAAAUUAAUGGACACACGAAUAAUGACAACAAUCGCCGUUCUUUACGGCGUCAAUAUGACAACAAUGGACGAACCAAUGGAAACAGAUUUUCCACCAAAAAAGGAAGAAGCCCCUCAGAAAAAAUCCAAAGAUGAGCCAAAAUCAAAACCCGAGGAUAAUUUACCCCUCGAAAAGAGGCAAGCACUAGAGGAGAAAAAUCAAGGUAACGAAGCUUACAAGAAGAAAAAUUUCGAAGUUGCCCUCGAACACUACAAUAAAGCCGUGAAACUCGAUCCAACUGAUAUCACAUUCCAAUUAAAUAUCGCCGCCGUUUACUUUGAACAAAAAGAAUAUCAAAAAUGCAUCGAACAAUGCGAGCAGGCAAUUGAAAUUGGUCGCGAAAAUCGUGCCGAUUUCAAGCUAAUAGCAAAAGCAUUCACAAGAAUAGGACAUUCUUAUAAAAAAAUAAAUCAAUGGAAACAGGCGAAAAUUAAUUACGAAAAAUCAAUGUCCGAACAUCGUACACCUGAAAUUCGUACAUUAUUGUCGGAUAUUGAGAAGAGAAUUAAGGAGGAGGAGCGAAAGGCUUAUAUUGAUCCAGUUAAGGCCGAGGAGGAAAAAGAAUUGGGCAAUGAGAAAUUUAAAAUUGGUGACUACGCGGCGGCGGUUAAACAUUAUACGGAGGCAAUAAUGAGAAAUCCAGAUGAUCCGAAAUAUUACAGUAAUCGAGCUGCGUGUUAUACGAAAUUGGCGGCUUUUGACUUGGGUUUGAAGGAUUGUGAAAAAUGCGUGGAAAUUGAUGCGAAAUUCAUCAAGGGCUGGAUAAGAAAGGGAAAAAUUUUACAGGGAAUGCAACAGCAGGGUAAGGCACUGAGUGCUUAUCAAAAGGCAUUGGAUUUAGAUCCAACUAAUGGAGAGGCAUUGGAGGGAUAUCGUUCGUGUUCUGUUGCGGUUAGUUCGAAUCCUGAGGAGGUGAGAAAACGUGCGAUGGGCGAUCCUGAAGUUCAAAGUAUAAUGAGAGAUCCAGCGAUGAGAUUGAUUCUUGAACAAAUGCAAAAUGAUCCCAAAGCAUUGCAAUACCACCUUAAAAAUCCGGACAUUGCGGCCAAAUUGCAAAAACUUCUCGAAUCCGGUCUGAUUGCAAUUAACUGAAGGGAAGAACACUUUUUUUUACCAUGUACAGCUCAAGUGUAAAGUUCUCUUUCUUCAGCGUCGAUCGAUUUCGACAUUAACUAUUGCCGAAGUAUCGCUUUCUUUUUUUUUUAAUUUUACAAUACUGAUUUAAACAAACUUUUUUUUAAAAAAACACAUCCAUUAGUAUUUUAAUGAGAGAAAAUCUUUAUAUUCAACAAAUUACACGUAGAUUCGUGAUAAAUUUUCUUUAAUUUUAUAUGGUAAAACCAAUUAAAAACCAUUUUAUGUCAGAAGUUCUUUUUUAAUUUAAAUAAAAAAAAUAUUUGUAAUA